UUGUAGACCUUGUUAUUCUAGAGGUAUAUAAGGAAAUUUCUGAAAGCGCUUCCUCCAUUUUCAUCGUUGCGAGAAUAAUGUCGCACAGGAAAUUCAGUGCACCCCGGCACGGGUCUAUGGGAUUCUAUCCCAAGAAAAGAUCCCAGCGUCAUCGCGGAAAAGUUAAAGCCUUUCCUAAGGAUGAUCCGAGUAAACCUGUUCACUUAACAGCUUUUGUUGGUUAUAAAGCGGGUAUGACCCACGUGGUCAGGGAAGCGGAUCGACCAGGCUCGAAGGUGAAUAAAAAGGAAAUUGUGGAAGCAGUUACCAUUCUUGAAACACCACCUAUGAUUGUGGUUGGUGUAGUUGGAUACAUAGAAACUCCUCAUGGGCUACGUGCUCUCACCACAGUUUGGGCAGAACAUCUUUCGGAAGACUGUCGCAGGAGAUUCUAUAAAAACUGGUACAAGAGCAAGAAGAAGGCAUUUACGAAGGCGUCCAAAAAAUGGCAAGACGAUCUUGGCCGUCAAUCUAUUGAAAGUGAUUUGAAAAAGAUUAUCAAAUACUGCAAAGUUGUACGAAUUAUUGCUCAUACACAGAUGAAACUUUUGAAACAACGUCAGAAGAAAGCUCACAUCAUGGAGAUCCAACUAAAUGGUGGAACUAUUGACCAGAAGGUUCAAUGGGCACGUGAACACUUAGAGAAACCUGUACCUGUUAAUAAUGUUUUUGCUUCUGACGAAAUGAUUGACGUGAUUGGUGUCACAAAAGGAAAGGGGUAUAAAGGUGUUACAUCGCGUUGGCAUACAAAGAAACUGCCACGUAAAACACACAAAGGUUUAAGAAAAGUGGCUUGUAUUGGAGCUUGGCAUCCGAGCCGUGUGUCGUUCACUGUUGCGCGUGCUGGUCAAAAAGGAUAUCAUCAUCGUACAGAGAUGAACAAGAAAAUCUACAGAAUUGGGCAAGGCAUUCAUACAAAGGAGGGCAAGAUCGUAAAAAACAACGCUUCAACGGAGUACGAUCGCACUGAGAAGACCAUCACUCCCAUGGGUGGUUUUCCUCAUUAUGGUGAAGUGAACAAUGACUUCAUUAUGAUCAAGGGUUGCUGUAUGGGACCAAAGAAACGUGUAAUCACAUUACGUAAGUCAUUGUUGGUACAUACCAAACGAUCUGCAUUGGAGAAGAUUAACCUCAAAUUCAUAGACACCAGCUCCAAAUUUGGACAUGGUCGCUUCCAGACCGCAGCUGACAAAGUUUCGUUCAUGGGACAACUUAAGAAAGAUCGUAUUCGCGAGGAACAAGUCAAAGCUACAACCUCUGCACCUCCAACAGCAGCAGCUCAGUAACAUUGUUUCUCUGCAUUGUAUACGAUUGAUAAUACAAAAUUCACACAAAUAAGAAUUGUUUCAUCUUUUUUUUCUAUAAAGGGUUUGCCGCAGUAAACAAUUAACUUCAUUCAUCACAUUAUAUACACUACAAGUUUGAAUAAC